AUGCCGCGCUUUUGGCGCCAAAGGCGGUGUCAUUCCUCGUCGCUGCAGUCGCUAUGGCCAGCUCAAGUACGAGCGUCGGCUCACUGGAAUACGUCUCGAUCGCUGGAAGUAGCAACACGGCUCUUGUGCGACGGCUAUUGCGUCGUGCACGACGCUUUUCCAGUCGCGUACCUCACGCAGUUGCGUCAUGAAAUGAAGACAUUAUCCAGAAAUGGGCACUUGUACCCGAACGCCACGCACAUUGUGCAAAACGGAGGAGCGAAAAAGAGGGGCACAAACGACCGGACAGCCACGACACUGCUCUUGGAGAAACGCGGUAUUUGGGAAACCGAAUUGGCGCUGCCCGAAAUACGACGCGACGAGACGGACGUGCCAUUUCUAAAGGAUUUCUAUGACCAACAAGUGGUAUCCACUGUGCUGCGACACGCGCUGCCCGCGUGGCUGGGAAUGUCCGGCCAGAUGGUCAAAGUACAGUACAAUGCAGGCCAAGACGCGUGUUUCCCAAUGCACUUUGAUACCUAUGGAGACGACGGCAAGUGCGUCACUGCAGUGCUGUAUCUGAACAGAGGAUGGGCGCCAGCACAUGGCGGGGAGCUGGUGCUCUUUCCGUUUCCAAGGGAACGGGUUGUGGUCCAGCCACAGUUUGGUACACUGGUACUCUUUUCGUCCCAGCAAAUGCUGCACCGAGUGAUGCCGGCGUUAUGCCCGCGCUAUGCUCUCACGACGUGGCUGUACCAUUGUCCAGAACCCGGCUGGAAAGCUGAACGCGACGCUUUUUAUCGUGAUCGUUGCAUUGCAAACGGUGCCGUACACGCGUCAAGUGACGACGAGCAGGUGCAGUGUUGUUCCAUGAUUGGUAAGCUCCUUCGGUCUCCACUUCGUCGCCAUUUGCUCAAGUUGAUCUAUGCGCAAGAGUGGACGCAGUCGCUGCGUGCUUCGCAUGUGCAAACCGACGCAUUUGGCCAGUACAUGGCAACGCACGCGCACGAGUUGCAAGUGAUUGAAGCAGCAGUGGUUCAGGUUCUUGGUCGUUUUCGAGCCAAAGACGGUGGCAAGAGCAGCAAGUUGCCGCGAACAAAGGAGGAGUUGAUGCAGCGAUUCGCAGACGAGGAUAGCCAGAAGUUGCUCCAAGCUCUCCAGCUGCAGUGGUUCUAG